GGGAUUUACUGAGGUGACAGCUACAUAAAUUAUAGCAACACAAUUGUCAAUCACUUUGAGCCCUAGGCAAAUCAAUAUGUUAAUAGAAUGGCUCCACGGCUAAUCGUGUAAGUGCGAGAACCAGUUGCAGUCACUCCGGAUGGAUAUGGAGGGACUCGGCGUGCAGCCAUUCUCCAACUGCACAGCAAUCAGUACGGGUAUCUGUGUGUCUAAACCGGUGGACUUUACCAACUAACUAGUUGAGCAGACAGCAGAUGUCUAGGAAAUAUACAGAGUCUGACUAAGUGAACUAUAAACAGACAAGCGUUAAGUACAACAAAAUAUUCAAACAUCAAACGGAAUCGACUGGCUUCGAGUCUGCGAAGGCAUCAACAUUGCCAAAUGAUACUCACAAUGUCUCCGCUCGGUUGGGUGUAUCUUUAUCUUAGCUAUGUAUGUAUGUACGUACAUAUAUAGUUUAAGGGGAUUGCUGUGUAUCUAUCUAUUAAAAAACCGCACUUGAUGUCGGCUCUAUUCCCGCUCAUGUUUUGGACAGGAUGACAGAUUGAUCAAUUGUGAGUGCGGCCACGUCGAUCUCCCCAAUAAUGAAAACAAAUCCAAAAUGAAUAUUUGUCAAUUCUUCAGACGAAACGAUCAAGAAUUUUGAAUGUUCCGUCUCUGGCCUUGGACCAAGUAGGAAAGGCAAACAAACGCUUGGGGUCUGACCACGAUUCGGCUCGAACUCGCCAAAUUACAAAUAAUUACUACAAAAUACAUUUUGAAUAGUUUAUUAGAGCAGUUUGUUGCCAAACAUGAAGAUUACUCAUUGCGGGAGCACCCUUCUGGGGAUCAUAUUGCUGGCACUGCAGUUACAGGGCAAUACAAAAGUUAUUCAUCAACGCAUCAAGAAAGAAUCUCGGCGAGGGGAUCUGAACGCGACUUUUUCCCAGACUUUGCCACACGCAGCCAUCAACAUCACCGAAGUUGGCCUGGGAAAGACAGAGCUCUCAGUUAUAGAGGCCGCCAGACAUAGAGUGUCUUUUAUCCAGAAAGGCAGCGGGAAAGCCGCUGGACCAUGGAUGACCUGGCACAUCUUUGAUUACGGAUUGCACAAUUCAAGUGGUAACCAGUGGGGAAGCUAACUUAAUCACCACGACUUUUACAUACCCGUGAAGUGAGGGGACUUUUAAAGAUUGCAGAAGAAUGUCCAAUCGCCCCUCUAGCUCAAAAUGUGCAUUAUUG